AACUACAUAACUUUGUCAUGAACUUGAGGAAACAAGGUUAAAUGAAGUAAAGCUCGAAAGCUCGCUUUGUCUCAGUGAUUGCGGAAAUAUACUGACGUGAAUUGUUUUUGCUGCUAUUAGGUGGAGAAAAAGGUGUUUUUUGCAUUACGGUAAAUUGCGUUUUAAAAAGCAGCAGGUGAAAAUUUGAGGAUACAGGAGUAUAUUCGUUUUACGCACUGUGAGCAAGAGUAAGAAAACAAGAUGUCGGAGCUUCAUUUCGAUGAGUACGAAAAGUACAAUUUUGAGUUCGACAAGCACAUUUUUUCUGGACAUUCUGGUAAACAACGAUCCAAGAAAGAAGCAAAUGAACAUACUAAUCAUUUUGAUCCAAACGGGCAUUCUCGCAAAAUCAUGACCAAAUUGAGAAACACUGAACAAAACAAAAGAGACAAAAAAAAUUAAGCAUCCCGUAACUUCGUAACUUGUCGCAUCAGUGGUAAAUUGCAACAAAAGAAUUUUUAAAAGCUUCUAACAUCAAUGAAAUUUGUAUAAAAUUAACAUUUUGCGAGUUAAAUAAAAUUUAAUUAUGGCGUUUCUAUCCA